CGCGAAUCCAUCGUGCCUGGUACGAUACUUCCCAACGUGAUCUAGACAGGGAGGUCUGAUGGUUUCAUAACCGAUGUACGCGUCAUAACCUGAGUACCUAACCUUGGCGGUGCUGCCCUCCGCCUUUACAUAGACCCAUGGCAGGUAGCAUGCGCCAGUAUUUACCUCUUGAGAUCCGCUUUCGCAUCAACCCCAAAUUGCAGUCACACAAAGACCGACCUGGAUUCGUAGAACUCCAACAUGGCGUCGCUAUCCGACUAUCUUAGCUUUUACAUCUCCAUGGCAAGAGCAUCUCUUACAAUCAUCUUCGCACGCCUUUACACACCUCAGCGCCCUCCCCAUCGCGACCUGCAAGGCCAAACUGCCAUAGUCACAGGUGCAAAUAGCGGCAUCGGUUUUUCCAUCGCGACCGCGCUGGCAAAACAAGGCGCAACCGUAUAUCUCGCCUGCCGCAACCUUGAGAAAGGCAAUGCAGCCGUGGCUUCCAUCGUUUCGCAAAUCGGUUCUGAGGGCAGCAAGAGGGUGUUUUGCUGGAAACUCGAUGUUGGAGAUUUAGAAAGUGUACGGGCGUUCUGUGAGAAAUGGAAAGAGGAGGGCAAGAAGAUUGACAUGCUUUGUCAUAAUGCUGGGAUAGCGGUGCCGCCCGAAGGUUCGAGGAAUUUGGAUGAGAAAGGCCGCGACGUGGUUCUUGUCACAAACUUUCUGGGCAGCUUCUUGAUGACGUGUCUGCUUGAAGAGUAUCUGGGUGACAAAGGGCGGGUUGUGUUCACGAGUAGCACUGGGCACUUCGCCGCCGCGGAGGCACUGAUGAGCCCGAACCUGGAAGAUGUGGCAUCAAAGACCGCCGCUGAUGAGGGUGGCGUUAUGCAGAAGCUUCUGAACAAGACAAAAGCGUAUUUUGGUAUAGGGACAUCUACCCUUCAAUCAUACGCGCUAUCGAAAGCACACCAAGUCCUCUUCGCCACUCUCCUCCAGCGCCGCUUCGACUCCGGCCCAAACAAUCACCGUACAGCACACGCAUUCAGUCCUGGGUUUACAUCUACGCCUAUAUUUAGCAAGUUUGCCGUCUCUUGGAAGACAUGGUUCAGGGAUCCUCUUUUCGCGGUACUCACGAUGACGGAAAGGUAUGUCGCGGUUGAUACGGAUGAGGGUGCAAAGACUGGGGCCUGGCUGGCGAGUUGGGGUGGGGAAGAAGGGGUUGAAGGGGGCUAUUGGGAGUGGAUGAGUAGACAGAUGAGCCUGGUUGAGUUCGUUGAAAAGCAGCUUGGGGAGAAGGAGUGGAAGGCGCAAUGUGGGAGAGUUUGGAGAGCAUGGGAGGAGGAUAGUGGCUGUACUUGGGCCACUGUUGAGACUUGAUGUCGUGCUCAUAAAGCUGGCCGGAGCAGAACCAGAAGUCAAGAGUGAUUUGUCGUGUUCAUUUUCUGUCUUUCUAGUCCCCUGUCCUACGUGAACUCAAAAAGUGAGCCAUGUCUAAGGCGUGUCAGAAUAGAUUAGGUGUUGCAUCGAAAGAAAGUGAAGCCGCUAUAGAACGUAGCAGUGGCAUACUAAACAGUCUAUAAUCUCACAGGACGCUUACCCCUACAAAUGUUUGGAUAUCAUGACCGUGGUGAAAGCAGUCUGUAGUUGGACUAGUGACGAAUAGGGUCGCAAAAAGUGGUUGCUUAGCCCCGGCGUAGAUGUGUAGCUGAUUAGACACCAGGGCAAAGGCCUAGCAAAAGAAAAGAAUACAUCACAACACAUGUAGCUGCUCUCGGUUUCGAUCCGAG